AAAAAAAGUUUUGGCGUGAAUCACUUCUGAAGAGAAAUCCAGGAGGAGUGGUGGAAGAGAAACCCUGCUGGCUGAAGAAAAAUCCAGCCUUAAGACAGUUAAGGCGGAUCCAUAUCAAAAAUCUCUUCAUCUUACCUUCUCUUUUCUUUUUCUCACAAAAGUUUGUUUUGGAUUUUGAUUGCUGAAUUUUGACUGCCUAUCAUCCUUUGAACCAGUGAAAGAACUCUGAGUGACCAUCUAAAAAUCGUGAGCUAAACACUUUGAGAGUGUGAGGAUUUUUAUUUGCUAACCUUGUUAAGUGUUUCAGGAUGUUUGGACUUCUCAAGAAAUCAAAACCACUACAAGAUGAUGUCUACUUUCCUUUUAAAACUGUUGUUGAAAAGAAACAAUUGAUUUUUGACAAGAGACAGUUUGCUUCUAAUGAAUUUGAUUUUGUGCAGAAACAAAGGAAGAGACAAAACAGGUCCAAUGAUGAGAAGUGGGUUAGAAGUGGUGAUCGUUCCUUCACCAAAGCCAAGAGAAGCAACCGUGUAGUGCUUGAUCAAAACGAGCUUCAAACUUAUGCUAGUUUGGAGAAGAUGUUGCAUAACGCAAUUCAUGCUAUCCGACAGCUCAAAAGGAAGGGAAACACCAACACUUCUUCGGCACCAAAACAGCAAUGUAAGUCUUCUUAUCUUUCAAAUUCUGAUUUGAAAACUAAUGAGAUUUCUUUUGAUAAAAGCAAAGCUGUGAAACCCACAAGCAAAGCUCAUUCCACCAGGUGCUUCAAAUGCCAUAGGAUCGGUCAUUAUGCUAACAAGUGUCAAAAGCAAAAACCGUUGGUGACUUUGGAGAAUGAGAACCUUGAAACCGAGCCAGAAAAGGAAGAGCCUUUGCCAAUUCAAAUACCGGACCAAACUCAAGAUUUGAGGACAAAUCUUUUUGAAGAGGAAGGGAAUGAUGUGCCCUGGUUCGUGGAUCAGUCCAUUGGAGCCAACCAGCAUGGAGAUCAGGACGUUCUGAACAAUUUGACCGAGGUUCGUUCAUCCGACCGUACCGAUCAGACUGACCGAGCCGUCCCGCGUACGUCUCGAUUGGAGCUCCGGCUGGAACCACGUCCAGACGACCUAACCGACCGAACCACAGCCCGUCUUCCCCGACCAACUCGACAUUCUAAAACCCACGGUCGAGCCAGACUUAGCUUGGGUCGUGAAGAAACCAAAGACGGACAUGCAUUCUUAUCUGGCGGACCAUCCGGACAGUCCCGCAAGCGUCCUUAUCUUUACCCCGUGCAUCCAUCUGGUUCGGAUGAACCUGGACAGUAGCCGAAGGGUUUCCUUGACCAGAACGUGAACCGAAUGGUCAUCUUUGACUAAUCUGCAUGGAAGACUGAGUCUUUGACUCAUUAAUAAUAUUCUAGUCAAUGUUUCUAUUUUCUAUGCCUUGUUUUCCCACAAUUUUCUUUAAUUCUCUUUGACUACAAGUAGUAUAAAUAUGUAGUCCCUUUGAUGAAUAAAAUCAGUUCAUUUUUGUUGUUUAUUUUCGAUUAUUCUUUUCUCUGAGUGAGAGAGAGAGUUCUUAGCUAGUUCAUCGGUUUGAACCGGCUUGUUGAUUUGGUGGUCAGCCAAUCAUCUUUUGUGUCGUUUGGUGGUUAGCCAACACACCUUCAUCGUUUCUUAGGUGGUUAGCCUUAGAUCGUGGUAUAUCAAGAGUCAUUCCGCAUCUCUUGACGAUCCAUUCAUUCCAUUCCAGUUCCAUAAGUGCCAUCGCCUUCUCGGUUCAUAUCAAACACCAGGCCAAAGCCAUCCUUCCCGUUUUGGGCGUAUCAAUACAUCUCCCUCUGCUGCACCCGCU